ACUUUAUAAAGGAGAGAGGAAUACAAAGUCCUGCUACAAACAACUGCACAGCAGGUUUGUGACAGAGCCACACAAUUUCUCUAUUCCGUCACUCCAUGGUUUGACGAGAUGGUGUAUCUCCACAGUGUUAUAUUCGCUGCAAUUAUUUCGUUUUCAUUUGCAGAUGAUGAAAAGAUUACAUGGUGUACAAUCUCAACAGCAGAGUUGUCAAAAUGCAAUGAUUUGAAGGAUGCAAUGUCAAAGCAUUUCUUCAACUUUCAAUGUAUAAUCGAGGACUCGACUGCAGCUUGUUUGACUGCUAUCAAGAAUCGAAAAGCAGAUGCUAUAACUGUGGAUGGGGGAGAUAUAUAUGCAGGAGGUCUCGUGCCUGAGCCGCGUCUUAAGCCAAUCAUAGCCGAAAAGACUGCAGGGAAAUCCUGUUACUAUGCUGUAGCAGUAGUAAAGCAAGGAAGCAACUUUGGGUUCCAAGAUCUAAUGGGCAAAAAAUCCUGCCACACCGGCCUGGGCAAAUCUGCUGGCUGGAUUAUCCCAAUAGGAACGAUUUUGAAACACAACCUAACAUCUUGGAAUGGAGUUAACCCCAUUGAAGAAGUUGUGGGAAAUUUCUUCUCCUCCAGCUGUGUUCCAGGUGCCAAGGCAACUUUCCCUAAGCUCUGUGAGCUGUGUAAAGGAACAGCUGAGAACCACUGCAAACGAUCACAUGAUGAACCAUACUACGAUUACUCAGGAGCAUUUCGAUGUUUGAAGGAAGGUGCUGGAAAUGUGGCCUUUGUGAAACACACCACAGUGCCAGCUGCUGAGAAGCAUAAAUAUGAGCUCCUGUGUGUAGAUGGCACCAGAAAACCCAUUGAACAAUACAAGAAUUGUCACUGGGCUAUUGUGCCAGCUCAUGCAGUGGUGGUGAGAAGCGGUGCUGCUGAGGAAGCCAAGAAUGAGGCCAUCUGGAGAUUUCUUUCGAGAGCUCAGGAUUUAUAUGGGGAAAAUAUUAAUCCAACAUUCAACCUCUUCAGCUCCACAAAAUAUGGGAAACAAGAUUUAAUGUUCAAAGACUCAACAGAGAAACUGAUUCAUCUUCCUAGUGGAAUGGAUUACCUUCUUUAUCUUGGCAGUGAAUACGCAAAUGCUAUACGGAUUCUUAAAAGCAGUGACAGCAGUACUUUGAAUCCUGGAAAGAUUCGUUGGUGUGCCAUUGGUGAUCUUGAACUCCAGAAGUGUAACAGCUGGAAGGCAGUAAGUUGUGUUAAAGGCAAAAACGCUGAAGACUGCAUUAGACUGAUCAAGUUUGGAGAUGCUGAUGCAGCAAGUCUUGAUGGAGGAGAGGUCUACAUUGGAGGAAAGUGCGGCCUCGUUCCAGUUAUGGCAGAGUAUUAUGACAAAACUAAUCUUGAUUCAUGUAAACCCUCGGCAGUAAACACUAAGGCUUCCUCUUACUAUGCUGUGGCCGUUGUGAAGGACCCAAACCUGACCUGGGAGAAACUAAAGGGGAAGAAGUCCUGUCAUACAGCUGUUGGCCGCACUGCAGGUUGGAAUGUCCCCAUGGGAACUCUCAUUAGAGAGGGAAAGAUCAAUGCUUGUGACAUUUAUAAAUCUACGUAUUUCAGUGACAGUUGUGCCCCUGGAGCAAAUGCUACCCUGCAUCCUAGACUGUGCUCCCUAUGCAUCGGCAGUGAAACAUCGACACACAAGUGUGAAGCCAACAGCAAUGAGAGGUACUUCAGCUACAGUGGAGCCUUCAGGUGCCUGGUGGAAGUGGGUGAUGUUGCUUUCGUUAAGCACACCACUGUGCCUGAGAACACUGAUGGGAAUGGAAUGAUGGACUGGAACCAGAAUUUGACCUCUGAUAAUUAUUAUCUGUUGUGCAAAAAUGGGAGCACAACCUCAGUCGAUCAGUUCCUGAACUGCCACUUAGCUGAUGUCCCAGCACAUGCUGUUAUGACACGACUAGAUAAGAGGGCUGAGGUGCUCAAGCUGCUGAAACGUGAACAGCUAAAACACGGUCGCAAUGGAACCAUGGAAGACACCUUUCAGAUGUUCAGCUCAAAAUUAUUUUCAGGGAAGGACCUCCUUUUUAAGGAUUCCACUCAGUGCCUCGUUGAAAUCCGAAACACUAAUUAUGAAAGCUUUCUGGGUGAUCGUUAUAUCAGUAAUUUGGAAGGACUCCACACUUGUGAAUCUCCUGAUCUCCUAGAAGCUUGUACCUUUAAAAAUUGCUGAACUCCGUGGUGAUGACCUGACUGGGAGUUUCACCUCGUGACCUGGAAUUUUCCACUUAGCCCUGGAUGCCUGCCUAAAUACAAUGACAUCUAUCUAAUUAGUUCUUAGUAUUUCAUAGAUGAUCUGCAGGUAUGGUGAGCUAUAUAUCACACUGCUUUAUGUCAAGAAGAAAUAAUUGAUUCUCUUUCUGCAAAACAUAAUAAACUAUGAUUAGUA